GGCGUACCAUAUUUGCAUAGUGCAUUUACCUACCAAACGGCUUUUCAUAGAUUUUUUGAGUGCCGACGGUCAACGCCACGCGAUCGAUCAAUCGUUAGUCCGCGAAAAGUCAAAGUUGUAUGUAGCAGUCACAAGAUGGCCCUCCCUGCGCUGAGACUCUACAGGUACUUCACCCCAAGCAUCGGGAAUGCACUGCUCAAGAACCGACCUUUGACCUUCGCCUACAUGAAGAGAACAAUACAGAAACAAGCCAGCAAGAAAAUUGACCCAGAUAAAGUCAAGGGUCUUGUGUAUGUGUCAACAUCAACAGACAUUCAUACAAACCUCUCACUAGAAGACUGGAUUUACAAUAACACAGACUUGUCUGAUACAACGCUGAUGAUACUCUGGCGGAACGAUCCCUGUGUCGUGAUUGGACGACACCAGAAUCCCUGGGCGGAGGUCAACCUACGUCUGCUCUGGAAUUCAAAUGUCAAACUGGCCAGAAGAAGGAGUGGGGGAGGAACGGUGUAUCAUGAUCUGGGAAACCUGAACAUCACUUUCUUCUCAACUCGAGAGCGUUACAACAGAUCUAAGAACUUGGAUCUGAUCUCAAGAGCCUUAAAGAGGACUUGGCCGCAUCUUUCUGUGUCAGUGUCAGAAAGAGAUGACCUCAUCGUAGAUAACUUCUUCAAAAUCUCGGGAACAUCUUCUAAACUUGGUCGUAAAAUAGCCUAUCACCAUUGCACUCUCCUUCAUAGUGUCGACAAAACAAGACUGAAAGAGAUGCUUCAUGUUAGCAAGGAUGGCCUAAAUAGUAAAGCUACACCAAGUAUCCGCAGCAAAGUGAAGAACCUGGCUGAUAUUGAACCGGCGAUAUGUCAUGACAGCCUCGUGAAAUGCAUCAGCAAUGAGUUUUACAGACAGUACAGUCCUUACAAAGAGUCACGAAAUGCAAAUCUCGGUGCUAAUAUGUUUCGAUUGAAGAGUGAUGCUGAGGAGCAAAAUAAACUCUAUGAAGUCAACCCUACAGAUGAGGACAUAUGGAAAGGGAUACCUGCCUUGUGCAAUGAGUUAAGGAGUUGGGACUGGGUCUACGGCAAGACCCCUCGAUUCAGUAUAUCAGAGAGAAGAGGAGCCAUCAAAGUCACUGUGCAUGUCUACCAAGCAACAAUAGAGGGUAUCGUUGUAGAGGCACCGCCUGGAUGGAUGCAUGUAGAUGAGGUUCAGAUGUUUGCUGAUCAUAUGAAAGGGCAAUAUUUUUGGUCCGACAAAGUCGCAGAUGCCAUGACUGUCUUCCUUAGUGCUCACGACAGCGACCCUGAGAUGCUGCGAAAAUAUCGACUUCUAUCCAGUAUGAUACGGGAUGCCGCGAGCUGACCAACCGAAUAAGACACUUGGCCUCAGAUGACUCACCUUGAUGAAGUGUGUGUGAUAUCUGCCUCAAUAAAACGUCUAUGCAAGCGUUAUAAGUGUCCUAGUCGGAACAGAGACAGCCAUGAAUGUCAAUACACAUUAUAGUUUCAAUACAUAGGAGAUAUAUUUAUUGUGUGGAUGUGUAAAUCGGGUGAUUUCAAGUUUGAUGCUAACCUUUUGUGGUCUUUGUUAGGCCUGUUCUUAUAUCAACUCAGCCCCAAAGUAAGAAUAAAUAGACUAGAUAUGGGACAAGUCCUGUUGUUUGUUUCAAGUGCCGACUGUUGUUAUGGUUUUAUUAUAGAAUAAAGCAGCUCUUUUACCAUGUAUACGCCGGACAGAAUCUAUUAAUCAUGAGUCGGUAAUGCAGCUAAACAAUGAGAAUUUAGAGGAAACACAAGAAACAUGGUGUCAUAAAUGGGAAACAAGCCAGAAAGAAAAAACUGUUAGAAUUAGUAGUGUACUAUGAAGCCAUUGCUGCUGCUAUGUUAGGCAAUCUAACUUGUUCAUCAAA